AUGCAUCGUCCACUCUACUCCGGCGGCGGUUAUCGCUCAAUGGCGCAUCCAGUUCGUCGUACAUUCACCGAGUCACAACGUCAGUCGGCCAACUACGAAGGCUACACUAUGGACCACACACGACCGAUGACGUCUGCGGGGCGAACGCGGCUUACAGCUUCGGAUCGUCUUCUCGAUGUUGACGUCUCUCAACUGGAUCGGAUAGUUGCCGCUGUUCUUGCUUUUCGUGGUGACGCUGAACCUGGUCCCGCGCUGCAAGGCUUGGACGGCGCCCUAAACAGGACGGGGUGGGAAUGGACAGACCACUACCUCUCCCGAGCCAGUACAGUAGAGCCACUCAUCGCGCAAUACCAGCCCGUCACUUCCGUUGCGCCUUCGACGUCAUCCGGACAUUUCACACCAGAUAAAUCUCGUCGCGAUCUUGCCCAAAUAGGUCCUUCAACAUCGAGGCUGAAGCGCAAGGCAGAGGCGUCCGUAGUUGAGGUUGUUCUCCCUAGGUCCAAGCGCCCCGCAAAGGAUAUUACCUAUGUGGAUAUCGAAUCAGAAGUUGACACAGAUACGGAUGGUGACUUCAAUGACCCUCAGCAUGCAGCUCGGCGCGGCGGCCCUCGAACUUGUAACCCAGUGACGGUGGAAGACCGCCAGCAGAUGGCAGAGUGGGUUUAUACGCACGAAGAAGGAUGGAGUGAUGUGGGCCAGGAUGCGCGUUGGAAAGGCUUUGAAUUGGAGCACACACGCAGGACCUCCACAGGAUGGGCGUCAGCGUACAAACGGUGGAAAAAUGAUGUUGAUUCUCGAGUGGAUGAGUUGAAGAAAGAACGCAAGCGCACUCUGAAAGUGGAGGAUUCGCUAGAUCCGAAUCAGUAA